UCCCGCAUUGAAAGCCCAGCCAAAAGGGAAUGGAUAAUGGGAAAUCUAUAGGCGUUGAGAACCGACAUCAGCCCAACCCUCCAUUCGUUCAUCCAUGUUUACAGAGUCACCGCCUUCCCCAGCGAGUAAAUGGGAAAUCAAUAUCACUGCCCAAUAGGAAAGGGUAAAAGUGGUGAGUCAGCCGGACACAGGGUGUAUGGUGUAUGUAUGGGCAAUUGGGGAUGGGAGAAUGGGAGAAUGGAGACAAAUACAAAGCGGGUGGUGGGUGGAGGAUGGUGCGUGGGUCAGAAGGCGGGUAAUCGGGAAUCUGACCCACAGGCCGAUCGGCAGGAAUCAUGAUCAUCUGGGUCUGACACGGGAGUGUUGUCUACACGUGAAUCCCAUAACGCACUCUCUUGUUGCUACCCGAGGCAUGGGCUGUCAAUCUUCGCUCUUCCUCUGGAUCACUUCCACUACGCUCAGCCUCACCCAAGCCAAACCCCUUUUAUCAUUUUUUUAUUUGACUUUAGACAUGACAGAACAAACAAAACUAAAGCAAUAUAUUUUUCCCCUUUUUCUUUACUUCCAAAUUCUGAGUUUUUUUGAGUUGGAUUUCUUUAUAAAUUAUAAUCAACAUAUAAAAGUCAGUUGGGCACUUGGAACAGGAACGAAUCAAAACUCCAGUUUAUGCUAUUUAUAGUGUGAUCAACUACCUCUAUUAUCCAUCUUUGGAAACCAAAACCAAACCCAAACCCAAACGGCCAAACCCAUGGGUUUUCUAGUGUUCGGCAUGUUAUUCCAGUCAAAUCUCUCCCCCUUCUCAAUGCAUUGGAGAAUGUUCAAUUAAUAUAUUAUAAUAGAGAUGCACGCCAGAGCAAACCUAAGGUAAUUUCUCUAUUUCUCUGAGCAAUUGGGUAUGGCCCGUGCUCCCCUUUAAGGGUUCAGAUGAGACGGUGAUCGAGGCUCCCGGGUGAUGGAUUUUAAGCUAUUUCUAUUCUCAAGUUGGGGUUUGCUCAGCUGAGUUGGGACUUCUACUUUCAAGCUCUUCAGCUCUGGGACUAGUGUCUUUUGCAUUCUGCAAUUCUAAAGAGGGUCAGUUUUUACAUCAUCUUCCCUCUCUAUUUUAAGAGAAAAAGUCCCUUAUUUUGCACUUAUCUACUUUGGAGGAAAAAUGUCUUCUUCUAGACCUACUCAGUCAUCCAGCACUUCAGGUCGAUCAAAACACAGUGCUAGGAUUAUUGCUCAGACCACCGUGGAUGCAAAGCUACAUGCGGAUUUUGAGGAGUCAGGUAGUUCAUUUGACUACUCAAGUUCAGUGCGUUUUACUCCAGCUGGUGGAGAUCAACAGCCCAGAUCUGACAAAGUAACAACAGCUUACCUCCAUCACAUACAGAAAGGCAAACUGAUCCAACCAUUUGGCUCUUUGUUAGCCCUAGAUGAGAAAACUUUCAAAGUCAUUGCCUACAGUGAAAAUGCCCCUGAAAUGUUGACAAUGGUUAGUCAUGCAGUCCCAAGCGUUGGUGAGCAUCCAGUUCUGGGCAUUGGUACUGAUGUGAGGACCAUCUUCAGUGGCCCCAGUGCAUCUGCACUGCACAAGGCCUUAGGAUUUGGAGAGGUUUCUCUUCUGAAUCCCAUCUUAGUCCAUUGCAAAACCUCAGGGAAGCCCUUUUAUGCAAUCAUCCAUAGGGUCACUGGUAGCUUGAUCAUUGACUUUGAACCGGUGAAGCCUUACGAAGUUCCCAUGACUGCUGCUGGUGCCCUGCAAUCCUAUAAGCUUGCAGCCAAAGCAAUCACGAGGUUGCAGUCGCUGCCUAGUGGUAGCUUGGAAAGGCUUUGUGAUACAAUGGUUCAAGAGGUUUUUGAACUCACUGGUUAUGACAGGGUGAUGGCUUAUAAAUUUCAUGAUGACGACCAUGGGGAGGUUGUCUCUGAGAUAACAAAGCCAGGCCUUGAGCCAUAUCUGGGUUUACAUUAUCCUGCCACAGAUAUCCCUCAGGCUGCACGUUUCUUAUUCAUGAAGAAUAAGGUCCGAAUGAUCUGUGAUUGUCGUGCAAAACACAUACAGGUUCUUCAAGAUGAGAAACUCCCAUUUGAUUUAACAUUAUGUGGUUCAACACUACGGGCUCCACACAGUUGCCAUGUACAGUAUAUGGAGAACAUGAAUUCAAUUGCUUCUCUUGUUAUGGCAGUUGUUGUCAAUGACGGGGAUGAAGAGGGUGAAAGCUCUAAUUCUGGGCAGCCACAGAAGAGAAAGAGGCUUUGGGGUUUAGUGGUUUGCCAUCAUACAACUCCAAGGUUUGUUCCCUUCCCUCUUCGCUAUGCCUGCGAGUUUCUAGCUCAAGUGUUUGCCAUCCAUGUCAAUAAGGAGUUAGAAUUAGAAAGUCAGAUUCUUGAGAAGAAUAUUCUGCGUACACAGACACUCUUGUGUGAUAUGCUGAUGCGAGAUGCGCCCUUAGGCAUAGUGUCACAGAGCCCAAAUGUAAUGGAUCUUGUGAAAUGUGAUGGAGCUGCUCUACUAUACAAAAAUAAAGUAUGGAGAUUGGGAAUAACUCCAAGUGACUUCCAGUUGCAUGAUAUCUGUUCAUGGCUAUCCGAGUACCACAUGGAUUCAACUGGUUUAAGCACAGAUAGCUUGUAUGAUGCAGGAUACCCAGGGGCUCUUGCCCUUGGUGAUGCAGUUUGUGGGAUGGCAGCUGUGAAGAUAACUUCAAAGGAUACUCUUUUCUGGUUCCGGUCCCACACAGCUGCAGAAGUCCGAUGGGGUGGGGCAAAGCAUGAACCGGGUGAGAAGGAUGAUGGUAGGAAGAUGCACCCAAGAUCAUCAUUUAAAGCUUUCCUUGAAGUCGUUAAGACGAGGAGUUUACCUUGGAAGGACUAUGAAAUGGAUGCAAUCCAUUCUUUGCAGCUUAUCCUUAGGAAUGCUUUCAAAGAUUCUGAGGCCAUGGAUGUAAACACCAAUGCGAUCCACACAAAGCUCAAUGACCUAAAAAUUGAAGGAAUGCAAGAGCUAGAAGCAGUGACCAGUGAGAUGGUCCGUUUGAUUGAAACAGCCAGUGUGCCAAUCUUGGCAGUUGAUGUUGAUGGUCUGGUUAAUGGAUGGAAUACAAAAAUUUCUGAGUUGACUAGUCUGCCUGUAGAUAAAGCAAUUGGGAUGCAUUUGCUCACGCUUGUGGAAGAUUCUUCAGCUGAUACUGUAAAAAAGAUGUUGCAUUUGGCGUUGCAGGGCCAAGAGGAGCAAAAUGUCCAAUUUGAGAUCAAAACGCAUGGGUCUAAAAGAGACUCUGGCCCCAUCAGCUUAGUUGUAAAUGCUUGUGCAAGCAGGGAUCUCCAUGAAAAUGUUGUGGGGGUAUGUUUUGUGGCCCAAGAUAUAACCAGUCAGAAGACGGUGAUGGAUAAGUUCACCCGAAUUGAAGGUGAUUACAAAGCAAUAGUACAGAACCCAAACCCAUUGAUUCCCCCAAUAUUUGGCACAGAUGAAUUUGGCUGGUGCUCUGAGUGGAAUCCGGCAAUGGUAAAGUUAUCUGGGUGGAAUCGGGAAGAAGUUAUGGAUAAAAUGCUUUUAGGGGAAGUGUUUGGGACCCAUAUGGCAUGCUGUCGUCUCAAGAAUCGAGAGGCUUUUGUUGGUUUGGGAAUUGUGCUCAAUAGUGUUAUGACUGGUCGGGAAUCAGAAAAGGUUUCCUUUGGUUUCUUUUCAAAGAGUGGGAAGUAUGUAGAAUGCCUGCUUUCUGUGAGCAAGAAAUUGGACAGAGAGGGUGCAGUCACUGGGGUAUUUUGCUUCUUGCAGUUAGCUAGCCAAGAGCUGCAACAAGCACUUCAUAUCCAGCGGUUGUCGGAGCAAACUGCCUUGAAGAGAUUGAAAGCAUUAGCUUAUAUAAAAAGGCAGAUCAAGAAUCCUCUUUCUGGGAUUAUCUUUUCUCGGAAGAUGAUGGAGGAUACUGAUUUGGGAGAGGAACAGCAACAGAUUCUUCAUACUAGUGCCCAGUGCCAGCGUCAACUCAGCAAGAUUCUUGAUGACCAUGAUCUUGAUAGUAUUAUUGAAGGUUACUUGGAUCUGGAAAUGGUCGAGUUUACUCUGCGUGAAGUAUUGGUUGCCUCCAUCAGCCAGGUCAUGAUAAAGAGUAAUGGAAAGGGUAUUCAAAUAGUUAAUGAUGCGGAAGAGGGGAUCAUGACUGAAACACUCUAUGGAGAUGGUCUUAGGCUUCAACAGGUGCUAGCUGAUUUCUUGUUGAUAUCAGUAAAUUUUACACCAGGUGGAGGCCAGCUUUCUGUUGCAGCUAGUUUGAUCAAAGAUCGGUUGGGGGAAUCUGUCCAUCUUGUGCAUCUGGAACUCAGGAUAACACAUGCAGGAAAUGGGGUACCAGAACAAUUGCUGAACCAGAUGUUUGGAAACAAUGGAGACGCGUCUGAGGAGGGCAUAAGUCUGCUUAUCAGCAGGAAACUGGUGAAGCUGAUGAAUGGGGAUGUCCAGUAUCUAAGGGAAGCGGGAAAAUCGACUUUCAUCAUAUCAAUCGAACUAGCUGCUGCUAGAAAGAAGCCACAGGCCUAAAUAACUGUGUGAGGAAGCAAGAUCACAGUCUGGUUUGUACAGGCAAAAGAGAAUGGAGUGUAAUGUUGUUGUACUAUGCCACGCACUGUGGUAGGCUUUGUUUUUCUUUUUUAAUCUUGGCUUUACUCUGAUUGUGUUGUUUCAGCUUUCAAGUUGUACAUAUUGAUGUGCCAUCGUUGAUAAACAUUUGUUUUAAAUUUUAAUCACUGCACGACCAGUUCUUGGAUUGAAAAA